UCCGUAGUUAUCCGAAGGAAGCUUUGUAAUAACAUGGAGGACGACGAUUUUUUGGUUGGAGGAAAGCCGUUGCAUGAACUCAGGGUAGUUGAUCUUAAAAAGGAAUGCGACAAAAAUAAGCUUCCCAAAAAUGGAACGAAGAAGGAACUGAUAGAAAGACUUAAAGCGCAUUUCCAGUUUGAGAGACUGCAGAAUGCAGAAUCAACAGAUGAAGUUCCAAAUCAAAAGAUUCAGGAAGGUGUAGCAGUAGAGAAUGAUUUCAUCAAACAAUAUUUGGCCAAACAAAGGGAGCUAAUUGUGGAACAGAAGAAGAGAUUUUCAGAGGAAGAAAGUCAAGAAUCGGGUAACUCACAAGAUGAAUCAGAGUCUAGUCCUACGAAGAAAAGUCCAUCCAAGAGUUUUGGUGAUCUAAGUCCCACAAAGACUACAGAUAAGCCAAACUUUCCUGAUCCCAAAGGAGAAUCAUCGAAUGGUGGAGAACCCACUGAGAAAGCAGCAACCCCAGGCAUUAGUAAGAGUGUUGAGGAAAGUUCAGAAUCUUCCAGAGGUUCAAGAAGCAAACGUUGGAGGAAAACCUCAAAAGAUUCAACACAAGAAGUGGCUUCAGCAGAACAACACAGAGAAAAAGAAAAAGAAGAGAAAAGAAAGGCUGAAGAGGAAGAAAAGAGAUUAACAAGAUUAGCAGUUGAAAAGGCUGAAAAAGUGGAUAAGGAAAAAGCUGAAAAGGAAAAGGCUGAAAAAGAGGCUAGAGAGAAGGCCAAGAAAGAGGCUAAAGAGAGAGCUGAAAAAGAGGCCAAGGAAAAGGCGGAGAAAGCUGAAAGAGAAGCAACGGAGAGGGAAGAAAAAAAGAAAGCAGAAAAGGAAGCAAAAGAAAGAGAAAAAGAAGAAAAGAGAAAAGCAGAAAAGGAAGCCAAAGAAAAGGCUGAAAGAGAGGCCAAAGAGAAGGCAGAAAAGGAGGCCAAAGAGAAGGCUGAAAGGGAGGCUAAGGAGAAAGCAGAGAGAGAAAAGAAGAAAGCUGAAAGGGAAGCAAGAGAAAAAGAAAAAGAAGAAAAGAGAAAGGCAGAAAAGGAGGCUAAAGAAAAGGCUGAGAGAGAGGCCAAAGAGAAGGCAGAAAAGGAGGCCAAAGAGAAGGCUGAAAGGGAGGCUAAGGAGAAAGCAGAGCGAGAAGAAAAGAAAAGGGUUGAAAGGGAAGCAAGAGAAAAAGAAAAAGAAGAAAAGAGAAAGGUGGAAAAGGAGGCUAAAGAAAAGGCUGAGAGAGAGGCCAAAGAGAAAGCAGAAAAGGAGGCCAAAGAGAAGGCUGAAAGGGAGGCUAAGGAGAAAGCAGAGCGAGAAGAAAAGAAAAGGGUUGAAAGGGAAGCAAGAGAAAAAGAAAAAGAAGAAAAGAGAAAGGAGGCUAAAGAAAAGGCUGAGAGAGAGGCCAAAGAGAAGGCAGAGAGGGAAGUUAAAGAUAGAGCUGAAAAAGAGGCUAAGGAACAGGCAGAAAAGGAAGCAAAAGAGAAAACUGAAAGGGAGGCUAAAGAAAGAGAGGAGAAGAAAAAAGCACAGGAAAAGACUGAGAAAGAGGUAGAUGAGAAAGCCGAAAAAGAAGCCCAGAAAAAGGACGAAGCAAGAAAGAAACCUGAAGAAGAUGUUAAAGAAAGAGGGAGGAAAGAUGCUAAGGAGGGAGAAGAGAAAAAAAAACCUGAAAGGGCUAAAGACAAGAGAGAAGUAAGAUUGCGCAGAAAGUCUUCAUCCUCUUCCUCAUCAGAUUCAGAUACUGAGGAUGAUGAAAAGCAGAAGAAAAGGUCAAGGUCAGGAUCUUCAUCCAGUUCCUCAUCAAAGUCAUCCUCAAGAUCCUCCUCCUCAGACUCUGACAGGUCCAAGUCAAGGUCACCAAAGAAGUUUCAGAGCAGGUCUCAAUCUACUUCUCCUGUGCAGCCAGGCAGUACAGUAUCAAUAGUUGAGACGAUAAGAGACAAGCCUUUGGAAGAGAGACCUUCAACAGACAUGUCAGAUGUGCAAGCAGGAAACACGUCAGUGGAGAUGGAAGAUGGAGAAAUCCCUUCAGAUCCUGUGUCGUCUACCACUGACAAGGAAGGGAAAAUAGAGGAUAAGAAACAAAAGACAGUUUCCUCAUCAGAGGAUAAAACCCAGAAAAAGUCAGUGGAGCCUCAGGAGAAGCCAGUCAGGAAGAGGAAAUGGGGAUCUGCCAGGUCCACCAACAAUGCCACCCAGGGUACCACAGAGGCCAAGACCAAACGAUUAUCCAGUAUAGAGUUCUCCACAGAAUCACUCAAGGAGCUGAUGCCAGACAUCAAGUCCAAUCCUAUUGCUGAACCAGUUUUAGAUCUUGAUUUGCCAGAUGAGAGGAUCUCAGAUCAGGAAAAUGAACCAGAGGAGACAAUACAUGAGCACAAGAUUCAGAGAACUAUUAUUGUGCAUGAUGAUUCGGAAAAGAGGGAUGAAGGUGAUGAAAGGUCAGAGGGUGAGGUUGUGGAUGAUGAUGAAAAUAAAGAGAAUAAGGAAUCGGACAGUGAGGAUGAGGAGCAAGAGGAGGUCACUGGUGACCAGGAGGAACCAGCGAGGAAAGUAGAGAAAAAAGAGGAAUCUUCACCUGAGAAAAAAACAGAGCCGAAAAUCAUUCGACGAAUCAGCCAGCCCAAGCCAUUGAUUGAACCAGAUGAACCAACAGCAGCCAGAAGGUCACCAUCUCCUCCCAGAAAACCAGUGUCCAACAUUGUGCACAUCAGAAACCUGGUCAGACCUUUUACCCUGAUCCAGCUGAAAGAGCUUUUGAAGAGAACUGGGAAUCUGGUGGAGGAUGGCUUCUGGAUAGACAACAUAAAGUCCCAUUGUAUUGUUACGUAUGAAAAGGAAGAGGAGGCCACAGCUACAAGAUCAGCCCUUCAUGGAACCCAGUGGCCCUCAUCUAACCCCAAAAUUCUCAGAGUGGAAUAUGCUUCUCUUGAUGAGCUGGAACGCUUCAAAAACCAGGACAAACCAAUGGUAAUAACCAAAGAGGUCAAGCAGGACACCAGAAAGGAGAGGGAGGAGAAAGAAAAAGCUGAGCGGGAGGCUCGCCGAGAGGCACGUAGAAAGGAGGAAGAGGAGAAAAAGAAACGCAGAACUCCACCAAUAAGGGAAUGGGACCGCGACAAAAUCAGACAAUCACAAGAAAGAGAGGAGCCUCCACGACGGGGGAGAAGUAGGUCAAGGUCACCAAGGAGGGGGGGACCCAGGAGCAGGGAACAAGAUAUGAGGAGAGAUAGAAGAGACCAGAAAGUGGAAGAAGAACCACCCGCAAAGCUUCUAGAUGACCUGUUUAAAAAGACGAAGACCAUCCCAUGCAUCUACUGGCUAGCACUGACUGAGGAACAGGCGGCUAUUCAGGAAAAGAAAAGAAAGGAGGAAAAGGAAGAACAAGAAAAAAUGUGGAAAGAGAGAGAAGAAAAUGAAGCUAAGAGAAUACAAGAACGAAGGGAGAGAAGCCCAUGGCGAGGCGAUGAGGAUCGCAGGAGAGGAGGAAUAAGGGGAAGAAGUCGAGACAGGCCCAUCAGAAACCGUAGUGGCAGUCGUAACAGGGACAAGAGUGCUAGAAAACGCAGCAGAAGCGUAGAUCGUAGUCGAGACAGGGGAAGGAGAAGAUAGAAAAAAGGACUUUUACUAGAACUGAUUCAUAUUAUUGUGUUACAUCUUCAUGUUGCCAUUGAUCUAAUUAUUAUUGACUGGUAUCAUAGUUGUCCUGAAUAAAAUUGAUUUUAUCUGAC